AUGGUCGAACUAUUGGUUAAAAGACAUGGGAGUGCUCACUAUGCUAAUCUCCCUUAUGGUUUCUAUGCUUUUGCUGUGAUAUUAAUCUAUAUUCUGGUGCUGGUUCUGGUGCGUAAGGUGUUCCCUAAUAGUUCGCUUAAACCGCGGAAUUCUUUCUACAGAAAGACCAUCGAUGCCUCGCCAAUGGUCCAUCUACCAUUCUUAUUUAUCUGCCUAGGUAUUCCAUUCAUUGACCACUAUUCAAUAUUCACUAAUGUUGCAGUUUAUAUGAAGCGCCUAGGACGAUUGUCAUAUGUGCUAGUAUUCCUAAAUGUCUUUCUGACAUUAAAGCCCAACUAUUUGCUGUCAGAUUACAUUUACAUUCAGCUAAUACCGCUGCAUAUAUGGCUGUCUAGGAUUAUAUCCGCCUUUGGCAUAGUUCAUGGUGCUGGAUUUAUUUUAAAGUGGAGCCUGGACGACAAAGUUUCCUUGAUUAGUAAGUUGAUCAAGAACGUUUGGAACCUGGUCGGGUUGAUCACUUCGCUUCUUAUUGUGCUACUAUUGUUUGCAAGUACUGCAGCUAUGAGAAGGUACUCAUACAAAACGUUCUUUGUUAUCCACCAGCUGUGUCAGUGGUCGAUGUGUAUCCUUGUGCCGAUACAUGCAAGACCAGGUGUCGCAUGGCCGUUCUCAGUAUGCAUUGCCUGCCUAUAUUUUUACCAAUUUAUCACAGAUAUCAAAUCAAGCAAGACAACUGAUGUGUUGACUAAAAUCACGAACUAUAAGGCUGGAACUAACUUAGUACGCGUGAAACUCGGAAGAUAUGUCAUGCCUAGCAACUUUAGCCCAGGCUCCCACCUGAGAAUUACCUGCUACCGAAAAUUCAAUCCAUUGUAUUGGAUUUUGCCUAGUCAUCCUUUUACGGUUGCCUCACUUCCGAAGGAUGACGAAGUUGAACUAAUUGUCCGUGAACAUGGGCGCUUCAAGCUGGAAUUAGGUACCUUAUACACUGUUGUUAAUUAUUCCCCUGGAAUUCCGCUGGAGAAGUUAAGGAAUGUAAAGCGGGUAGCAAUUGUCGUUGGAGGAAGUGGUAUUUCUUUAGGUUUACCGACUUUCAGGUAUAUUAGAGACGAACUGAAUGUUGACUACCUGAAAUUUAUAUGGCUAGUCAAGAACAAAGGAGAUCUGCAUGUAGUGGAGGACAAGGAAGGAAUGGAUAUUUAUGUGACCAAAGCUGCUAUAGAACCACCCUGCACCGAAACUAGUGAUCCUCCUGAACAUAUUACAACGGAAUACGAGUUAGAAUAUGUAGAUGAUUUGGACGGUGAAGCCAACCAGCUAGAUGCAACAGGUGCUUUAAUCUCUAGUAUACAUACCAAAUCAGCUACAAGCAGAAUGAGAUUCGGAACUCGUAUUGACUGGGGAGUUGAAUUAUCCACGUUUGUAACGGAGGCACAAAAUAUGAACCACUUGCUAGUACUAUGUGGGCCAAAGACCCUUGUUGACGAAGGGGAAGCUUACGCAAUGACAAACAAAAUAGACUUUUACAAAGAAGUCUAUUCUAUAUAA